UACAUUCACUACUGCCAAUGAAAGAUGGUGCUAGAGCUGCUUGCGUGUCACGUCCCUUUCUACGUUCAUGGAGAGGCCGUCCAAACCUUACAUUCAGUUUGAAAGCACUGGACAUGAAUAAGACUAUGUGUGGAGAUGUUGAACUAGCAAGAAACUUCACCAGCAAAGUUGACCACAUUUUGAAUAACCGCUCAUGCACUGGUGUGAAGAUACUCGAGAUUGUUUUGCAUUCGUAUGAUUUCAAGCUCUAUAAUGUUGAUAGCUGGCUUCAGACUGCUGUUACACCUGGGAUUGAAGAGCUCACUGUUCAGCUCUCUGCAGAGUCCGGAAUAAACUACCUAUCCUACAAGUUCCCGUGGUCACUUUUAGCUUAUGGCAGUGGAAACUCGAUUCGGAAUCUAAACCUUUCCUGGUGUUUUUGUCUCCCACUGUUGGACUUGGCUUGAAAAGCAUGACGAGACUUGAUCUGUGCUACGUCCGUAUCACAGAUGAGCAGCUGGGGUGCCUUCUCCACAAUUGUUCCGCUCUCUUGCAGAUGCAGCUCAGCCAUUGCAGUCCGUUAACUUUCCUAAAGAUACCAUUCCAUCUGCAACAGCUCAGACACCUGGAGGUGCUUGAGUGCACAAGUCUGAAGGUGAUAGAGAGAGAAGCUCCAAACCUCUCCAGUUUUCAUUUCAGUCGUUACUGCCUAAUACAAAUAUCACUUGGAGUGGCAUUGGAAUUGAAGAAGCUCACCAUGUCAUGCCCUGGUGCUGUCUGUUACGCUCGUGCUGAUCUUCCGUCCAGCUUGCCAAAUAUUGAAGCUCUUUCCCUAAGUUCAGUGAAUGAGGAGGUCAACACACCAAUGCUGCCUAGCAAAUUCUUACACCUCAAAUAUUUGAAUAUUGAUCUUGCUGCAAUGACAUUUUCUCUGGCCUAUGAUUAUUGUUCUCUGAUAUCCUUUCUUGACGCUUCUCCUUCUUUGGAGACAUUCAUCUUGAAUGUAAGUCACUGUUCAUCAUGCAAACAUGUUUAAUAAAAAAAAUGCUGGAACCAUUAGCCCAAGUAUAUCUUGGCUUGUCAUUAUCUUCAGGUGUUACAGGUAAACAUGGAGCAUGAGUCAGUCACGGGAGAUACUUCAAAUUUGAGGCAGAUGCCAGGAUACCAUCAUAAAAACCUUAAGACAGUGGAGAUCAUUGGUUUCUCCUCCGCGAAGAGCUUAGUUGAGCUGACAUGCCAUAUAAUUGAGAAUACGGCGUCACUUGAGUGCCUUACAUUGGACACCACACGAGGACACAAUCAUUGGGGCGGGUGUUCAUCCAACAAAUCUGGCAUGUGUUCCCCGAUGCGCCUGUUUAUGCCGGGGGCUCAUAAAGGGCUUUUGGCUAUCAAGACAUAUGUCGAGCCAAAAAUUCCAUCCGGAAUCAAGCUAACUGUUGUGGAGCCU